AUUGUGAAUAUGUUCGCUUUAAUCUUCAAUAUUAUUCAUUAUCAUUAUUAUUGAUAAGACAAUUACACAAGACAUUAUAUUCUUAUGUAAUCAAAUAAUACUUUAUAAAUUGAAUCAUCUUGAUUAGAUCUUUUGAAUUUGUCAAGAAGCUAUUUCAUUGAAUGUAUGUUCGCUUCAAUAUCUCCAAUAUCAUUCAUAAGACGUUCAUUAUAACAAACUAGAAUGUGAAAUCAUGUAUUAUUCAUUGGAUUAUAUAUGCAUAUAUAAUUAUAUCUAUUGAAUUGUUUAAUUAGUCAAUUAUGAAAAAAGAUAGAAAGAACCAGUCUUUUCUACGACACGUUGAUGAUUUUCACAUGGAUUGAGCCCAGAAACCACAUCAAUAUUACAGUAAUCAAAGUACAAAGUACUGAUUGCAGCAUGGUGACUAUCAAUGUACCUCCUGAAUUAAGAAAAAUCGAACAAAUUUUAUUUGCUUCAGUAAAACAAAAUCGUUUUGAUUUAGUUAGUCGAAUUAUAGACGGUCAUAAAUGUGAUAUUAAUGUAAGAGAUAGUUUCGAUCGAACCCCAUUACAUUUGGCUGCAUCAUCUGGAAAUUUACCAAUGGUGAAAUUAUUAAUAGAAGGUAGAGCAUUAGUUGAUCCAGUGGAUAAAUUUGGUAUUACACCAUUAUUUUGGGCUGUUUAUAACAAUUAUAAAAAUGUAGCUCAUUAUCUACUCAAUAUGGGGGCUAAACAUAAUCGAGUUACUAAGCAAGGUUUUACAAUUCUACAUUUUAUUUCUGAAUCGAAUGCAAUUUCAAUAUUAAAAUAUUUACAUCGUAAAUCAUUAACAUUAGAAUAUGAUAAUGCAGAUAAUAAUGGAAUGACUCCAUUUUUAAUAGCUGCUUCCAAAGGAAAUGAAUUAUUAAUGGAGAUUUUGGUUAAACGAAACUGUAAUGUGAAUGCAACAGAUCUGUAUGGUCGAAAUGCAUUACACUUUGUCUCAAAAAAUGGUCAUAUUGAUGCACUAUACUACUUAUUGUCAGUGGAACUACUUAAAACAAAAAUUGACGAACUAGAUAACUCAGGGUGUAGUCCAUUACAUUUGGCCUGUGAAAACAAUCAACAACAUUGUGUUCGACUACUUCUAGAAACUGGUGCAAAUCCAGACAUUGAAACAGAGACUCGUGAUUGUCCUUUGAUCGAAUGUUCACGGAGAGGAUUUCACAAGUGUAUUGAUUUGCUUAUUGAAAAUAAAGCAAGUCGUGAGAAAACAAGCAAAGUGGGUGAUACAGCCCUACAUGUCGCAGCAUUAUCUAAUCUUUCAGAUACUAUCUAUUUUUUAUUCUCAAGAAAAUUUGAUCUUUGCGCUGUCAAAGAGGAUAAACAAACACCAUUACAUCUUGCAGUUUCACAAAAUAGACUUGAAGCAGUUGAAGCUUUAUUGUUUUGUGGUGCUCCAUUAGAUUUGAAGGAUAAAGAUAAGCAAACUCCAUUGAUGAUUGCUGCCAAAUCAAAUUACACUGCAUUAGUUGAUAUGAUAAUACGUGCUGAUCGAUGGAAUAAAACUUAUCCGGUUAAUGCUCAAAAAUUGAUUGAUGAAAUUCUACAAACACAACAAACCAAAUAUGUAACCACAAGAAUUUUAGACAAAAAACAAAAUAACACACACAGGAUACAAAAAAUAUUAUCAAAUGAUCGAAAACACUUAUUCAAUGAUAAUACUGGUAAUCAUAAUAAUAAUAAUAAGAAUAAUGAUAGUACUGAAGAUUCAGAAAGUAGUCGUACAUAUGUUGGACAACAUCACGAUUACCAUCAUCAUCAUCUUACUACUGAUAAUGAUGCGAAUUCAAUCAUUCCCAAUGAUAAUGAUCCUAAUGAUGUGAUGAUGAUUGAAUUUAUUGAUCCAUUUAAACAAUUACAAUUAGAAGAGAACAAUGAACAAAUUAAUGAAAUACAAUUAAUAGUAGAUCAUCGUUCAAGAACUACAGCUAGUUCUGAAUCAGGUAGUGAAUUAUCAUUAGGUUAUGAAGCAAGUCGUGCAUGGAAUAGAUCAGAUCAAAGACAAUAUCAAACUAAUCAUGAUCAAUUGAAUAAUUCAUUUAGUCUAUCACAAAUUAGUUUGAAUCGUGAUUUAACCGAAUCAAAUUUUAAUCAAGAACAUUAUGAUAAUGACGAUGAUUAUCAUCAACGAAAACAUGAAAGUCUUAAUAAUUUAUCAUGUCAAAUUCAAGGUGAUGAGAUUUAUUUACCAAAUGGUGAGACAAUAUUUCGUAUUACAGAUACAUUAUUAGCACAAUCCAGUAAGAAUAUGCGUUUAUUGAAUGGAUAUGGUUUGAAUUUAACACAUCCAUUCACAUUUAGAGCACCAUGUCAAGAUUAUGCUGAUGAUAUGAAUGUUCUAUUCUAUGAAUAUUCACAUCGAUAUGCAAAAACAUCGGAUUGGAAAAAUUUAGCAAAAUUUUGGGGAUUCACAUUAGACGAUAUAACUGCUAUUGAAUAUCAAGAUAUUGGUAAAAAUUCUUAUAAAGAACAUACUUAUCGAUUAUUGAAUAUAUGGUUACAUGGUAUUAAUGAUAAUCAAUCACCAUUGAAUGAAUUAUAUUUAGCUUUAACUACAAUUGGACGUAAACGAAUUGUGGAACAAUUACGUCGACGUAUUAAAACAUUAAAUAAACUAAAUAAUAAACAUAAAUGUAAACUAUAUUAAGAAAUAUAUACAUUCGUAUACACUAGUAACUAACCACCCAUCCACCCACCAACACACACACACAUAGACAGAGAUAUACACGUACAUCAUGUGUAAAAUUUCAUUUUAUUGUCUUUAUUUUGUUUGAUUACACUUUACAAUUAUGUUAUUUGUAACCUCCUCUGUAUAUCCUUCUUUAUUAUGUAAUCAGAGUAUCUAAACACACACACCCACACACACAUGCACAUAAUGAGAAAUAUUCAUUCAUCGUAAGUAUAAUGGUUUCAAUAAAUACCCCAGGGUAAUCAUCUCCCCAUCAUAUUAUCUAACUCUGUUAUUUAUAAUAAUAUGAGGUGUUCUCUAGUUACAAUGAUUCUAAAAACUGUUCAUUUGUAGUUCAUGUGUAUUUUACUUACUUACUUGUGCCUGUUACCCCUCAUGGAGGAGCAUAGACCAUACAUCAUUAAUCUCCAUCCAACUCUGUACUGGACAAUCCUUUCUAUUCAUCAUUCUGAUGUUUACUUAAAAUUCUCGAUGUAGUGUAUGUUUCAGCUUUUCUCUUUUUCAUUUCCCUUCAAGAUUCGAAAUUAUCUGGUAGUUGAUUUAUUCUCUCCCACAAUAGGCUGUUACUGAUUGUACCCAACCAAAAGAUUUGUUGUGUAUCCGAGAAAGAGAAAAAAAGGACUUCAAUUUAGGUUUUCGUUUUAUCUUUUCUUUUUUAUGUUGAUUUCUGUCACCCAUAAUUACUCUUUUGUACACCCUUAUACACACUGUGUUCUGUCGGAAUUGGGAUAGGGGGUCAGGUGUAGUAAUAUUCAUAAUAGAAGGAUCACUGAAAUAUUAUUACUAACAUAUAAACACAUAUUCAGUCAUAGAUACUCAGUUAGUUCACCUCUGACGCUUCUCGUUGCUAAUUUUCUCCUCCUUGCCAAGCAUUUUCAUUUGUGUUUGAUUUAUGCUUAUCUAUUUUCAAUACCACCCCCCUUCGUACAUUGUUUGACACAUUCCUUUAUUUAUUUUUUGUACAGAAUGGAAAAAAAAGAAAAAAAUUCUAAAUUGUAAACAAUAAAUUUGAUGAAAGAAAAAAAU